UUAAAUCCUUGCAGGUAAGUGUACCCAAAGGUUCUCUCUGCAACCUAAGUGUGAAAGUUAAUGUUGGACUGCCCCCCGAAACUGUGUAUGACAUUGUAACUGAUCCUGAAAAUAAAAGAGUCUUCAAGAAUAUCAAGGAAGUAGUAUCAAGGAAGGUGCUGGUUGAUGAAGGUUUAAGACAAGUGGUGGAAUUAGAGCAAGCCGCAAUAUGGAGAUUUCUUUGGUGGUCAGGAACUAUAGCUGUUCAUGUAUUAGUGGACCAGAACAGAGAAAACCACACAGUAAUGACCGACAUGAUCACUGAUUAAUUGCUAGGUUUUUAUAUGUUAGACCACAUUGCCUAUUUUUUAUCUGUUAUAUCACUAAUUAACAGAAAAAGGUGAGAAACCUAUCAUGCAAGUAUUAGCUUGGCCAGUAGUAAUUGAACUUUCAGUAAUCCAGUAUAUUUCUGCAUUAAGUUUGAUGCUGAA